AUGUAUUUAAUAUUCUUUUCGCUACUAUUUUUAUCAUAUUGUCAAGAUCCUACAGUUUUUAAGGCAUCUGACAAGGUCUCUUAUAUUAUAAAGGAUAGAUUAUAACGACCAGCCGACUUGCUUUUCUUUACAGAAGGUCUAGCAUUUAUUGCAGAUGAUAUGUUAUUGGAGAGCACAGGUUUAUAUGGAGAUUCUGAGAUACAUUAUAUUGAUAAUGUUUUUGAUAAAUAAAACAUUGAACUAAAAUCACGAUAGCCUAUCGGAAAAUAAUAUUUUGGUGAAGGAUGUUCAAAAAUAUAAAACAAAAACGGAAAAGAUGAAAUCUAUAUGUUGACUUGGAAAGAGAGAAAAGCAUUUCUAUUGAAUAGCAAUUUGUAAUUAGUCUAAGAAUUAGAAAUACCAGGAGAAAUCUAAGAAGGAUGGGGUAUGACUACUUAUAAGAACAACGAAGGUGAAGAGAUGUUAUUAAUUUCUGAUGGAACUAACAGAUUGUACCAUGUAGACCCAAGCGACUUUAAAGUGAAGAAAACUGUAAGUGUUCGUUUGGAGAAUGGAAAUGAUCUUAAUAAAUUAAAUGAGUUAGAAAUUAUAGGAGAUGGAACAGUUUUAGCAAACAUUUAUGAAACUCCUUUAAUUGCUUAAAUAGAUCCACAUGAUGGAAGGUUAAUUGAUAUUCUUGACUUUACUGCAUUGAUCUAGGAUGUAGAAAGUGUGAAGGGAAAAGGAUAUGCUGACCCUAUGUUUAACAAGGUUCUAAAUGGGAUAGCAUAUAGAAAUGGCAAUUUAAUAUUAAGUGGUAAACAAUGGCCGUAUUUUUAUUAAAUUGAAUUAUAAUCAUAAUAAUAAUCAUGA